GUCUUUGUUCGGCCAGUGGGACCUGGUGUUCGUUCGCAAAACAACGCAGUUCCUUCGUGAUCGGUCUAAUGAAAACAUCUUUCUUAUAGUUACAUCUUGUCGAACAUAAGUAAUAUCUUACGAUCGUUAUUAUUUGGCGAGUAACAAUUUUUCAAAAUGAGGUUCAUCUUUCCAUUGAUUUUCCUCGCAGUAUCAUUCGACCUCAAUGUUAAUGCUGAAUAUUUGGAGACUCUAAUGCAAUGGCCAUUUAUCGAUUACGUUCUGCCAUACGAUAAUAAUUUCCGCGGAAGAUAUCGUCCAGAAAACGUAGUUCCUACAGGCAUCGAAGUCUCUUGGAGAAGAAUUUUUAUCAGCUUACCACGACUACGUCAAGGUGUUCCAGCUACUCUUGCUUACAUUCCAAGAAACGUUCCAUUGGGUAGCAGUCCAAAACUUCAACCGUAUCCUUCGUGGGAAUGGCAUAGCGCGGGAAAAGGAGAAUUUAAUUGUUCUCAGCUGAUAUCUGUCUACAGAACAAGACUCGAUAGAUGUAAUCGAUUAUGGGUCGUCGACAGUGGCGUCAUGAUGUCCCUCGAUAAUUUUACACCAAUUUGUCCACCAAAAUUACUUGUUUUUGAUCUUCACACGGAUACAGUUGUCAGGCAAUAUACUUUCCCACGAGAGGUUUUGAGAUUGAACACUUUACUGACUAACCUUGUAAUUGAUGAUACUAAAUCUACUUCUUGUGAUGACGUAUUUGUUUAUAUGAGUGAUACAACUGGACCAGGAAUUCAAAUUUUUGAUGGUGCCAAUAAUACAAGUUGGCGAGUACUUCAUGCUUCGAUGCUUCCUAAUCCAGAUUAUACUAUUUAUCAGCUCGGUGAUGAAAACUUCGAACUCCCAGACGGUAUCGUGGGACUGGCUUUCUCUCCAAGGCUCGGUAUGGUAUAUUAUCAACCACUUGCCACCGAUCGUCUUUUCGGCGUACCAACGUCGGCACUUCAAAACGGCCCACUUCCCUUUGGACAACAACUACCAGUGACCUUGAUUGGAAGAAAGUCUAGUCAAGGUCUUCCAUUAACCGUGGAUCCUUACGAUGACUCGAUUUUUUUCUCGCCAAUUAGGGAAACAGCUAUUGCUAAUUGGCAACCUCAAACAAAUAGUCAAAGAAUCGUCGCGUACAGUCCGGAAAAAUUGCAAUUUACCGCCGAUCUGAGAUGGACCGUACGUGAUGACGGUAAAAUCUGGAUCUUGUCAACCAGAUUCCAUAAAUUCUUCAAUCGAAGAGUAACUUCUCAAGAAAUCAAUAUUCGUAUCAUGAGGCUCGUUCCCGAAACCGUUCUAUCAAAAAACGUGCCGAUUUACCAAUACAUCAAUUCACAUUUAUUGCAUAUUUUGUAUAACAACACGAUCGGUUUAACAACAAAAAUGAUCAAUUGGGUACUUUGGUUUAUCGCAGUGCUCAGCUGUUCAACAAUAUGCAACUGCGAACUUAACAAUAAAAUGAAAAUCAUUUAUUCGUGGAAAGCAUUGGAUUUUGCAUUUCCGAGUGAACGUGCGAGAGCGAUAGCAAUAAAACAGGGCACUUUCAUUCCAGGGGCACCCAUACCUAUAGACGUGGAUUUAUAUCACAAAGAGCGACAAGGAUCGAUCAUUUUCGUAACGAUACCAAGAUUUAUAAAGGGAAUACCAGUAACUUUUGGUUACGUUACUGAUGACGUCACGCCUGAAGGAAAUCCUAUAAUUGCACCAUAUCCUAGUUGGGAAUGGAAUAAAGAGGGUGAUUGCAACGUUAUCACUAGCGUCUUUAGAGUGGCGAUCGACAAAUGCAACAGAUUAUGGAUACUUGAUACAGGGAAAGUCGGUAAUCAUCAGAUUUGUCGGCCUCAAUUGCACGUAUUUUCCUUAAUCAAUAACAGAUUGAUCCAUCAAUACAAAUUUCCACGUGAUCAGUUCAAGGACACUUCCCUUUUUGUUACACCUGUCGUGGAUAUUCGUGAUACCGAUGAUAAAUGUCGUAACACAUUCGUCUAUGUAGCUGAUGUGACUGGUUUUGGCUUGCUUGUUUAUGACCAUACUCAUAAUAGAUCUUGGAGGAUUGAGAAUAAACUUUUCUUUCCUUAUCCACCUUAUGGAACUUUUAAUAUUAAUGGUGACACCUUCGAUCUUAUGGAUGGUAUAAUCGCUUUAGCUUUGGGUCCCAUCAGAUCAGACGGUGAUAGAAUCCUUUAUUUUCAUUCUUUGGCCAGCAAAGUUGAAUCUUGGGUAGCCACGUCGACCAUAAGAAAUUACUCCAUCUUCCUUCACGAUUCCGAGGCAACACCGAGAUCUUUCAAACCAUUCCUAUUAGAAAGACCAUCGCAAUCUGCAGCUGAAGCAAUGAACAAAAAUGGCGUUCUUUUCUUUGGUCUUUUGUCUGAAAUAUCGCUUGCUUGCUGGAAUAGUAAAAACUAUCCUGAAUAUAGUAGCAAGAACAUCGAGAACCUUCUAGUAGAUCAAGAAAAUCUACAAUUUCCUUCUGGUUUAAAGUUGAAAUAUUCUAAAGAAGAUCGAGAAGAGAUCUGGAUAUUGACCUCAUCAUUCCAAAGAUUCAUGACAGGAACUUUAAAUCCAAAUGAAACUAAUUUCCGUAUCCUGGCUGGAUUUGUAAACGAAUUAGUUCGUGGCACCAAAUGUGAUUCUGUUACACACGUACACGGACCAGUAACAUUUCCAAAAUGAAAAUUAUGGCACCGCGAGAAUCAUAGACUACAUCAUCAACAGUGGUCGUUCCAUUAUCCAUGGUCUACUCAUACAACGUUACCGGUUAUUUCAAAAGUGAUUUUUAACAAUCAACCGGUGGGAUACAGUUUUUUUUAAAUCGUAGUUAAAUUCGAUUCGAAUACCAACGAAAAAAUUGCUUUUGUUUUUUCUUUUUUAUGAAUGAACUCGCGGUGCUGAUUUGUUUUAUAUUUAAUUUAAUAAGACACGAUCGUUGUUCAAAACAUUUGUGUAC